AUGGAGCACGCUAAGUCAGGCCCCAGCAGUUGGCCAGAACUGGCCGACGUGGUGCCAGUGCCGCAUGACGACGGACCUAGCCCCGUGGUGCCCAUCGCCUACCGAGAUGACUUCCGUGAGGUCAUGGAUUACUUCCGUGCCCUUUACGUCACUGGUGAGCGAAGCCCCCGUGCUCUCCGCCUCACCGCCGAGGCCAUCGAGCUCAACCCCGGCAACUACACCGUUUGGCAUUUCCGGCGCCUUAUUCUGGAGGCACUAGAUUUUGAUUUACUGGAGGAGAUGAAAUUUGUCGGAAAAAUUGCUGAAUGUAAUCCAAAAAAUUACCAAAUCUGGCAUCAUAAGAGAUGGCUUGCUGAGAAAUUGGGACCUGAUAUUGCAAACAAAGAGCAUGAAUUCACAAUGAAGAUACUUGCUAUUGAUGCAAAAAAUUACCAUGCUUGGUCUCAUAGACAGUGGGUUCUUCAAGCGUUGGGGGGAUGGGAGACUGAAUUGGAGUACUGCAACCAGCUACUUAAGGAAGAUGUCUUCAACAAUUCAGCUUGGAAUCAGAGAUACUUCGUUAUAACAAGAUCACCGCUUCUUGGUGGCCUUACGGUGGUGCGUGAUUCAGAAGUAGACUACACAAUUGAAGCUAUUCUAGCAAACCCUCAGAAUGAAAGCCCCUGGAGAUACCUCAAGGGUCUAUACAAGGGUGAGAAUAACUUGCUAGUAGAUGACGAGCGCAUCUCUGGUGUUUGUUUCAAGGUCCUGAAGAAUGAUUGGACUUGUGUAUUUGCUUUGAGUUUGCUGCUCGAUCUUCUCUGCACUGGUUUGCAGCUUUCAGAUGAACUUAAAUCCACUCUUGAACCGAUAAGGAGCUCCCAUCCUGAAACCGCAGAUGCUGAUCCUGCAACCGUUGUUUGCUGUAUCCUGCAGAAAUGUGAUCCCCUGCGGGUAAAUUAUUGGUCUUGGUUCAAGGCCACUCUUUCUCAGAUCUCCUGA